AUGUCGUUGAUCAUCUGUUCAACGAUCUGCCUUGCAAUAGCGGCUGUUAUCUUAUGCAAUAUAUGUACAUCGGAAUCUGAUACGGACAAUAUUGAAGAUGAAAAAUAUGAAUAUGUAGAUUCAAUGAAUAUCGUUAAUUCGUGA